AGACAAUAAGACAUAUCUGUCCAACGGGCAGGUUCUUGGAAAGUGAGAAGACGGCUAUCCUUUAUUUCCCCGCACCUCAGUGAUAGUGCUAACAACCGACUUCUGCGCAUCAGUCCCCCAUUCUCAGUUCGCGUUUCUCGGGCGUUCGAAAAUGUCUAUGUCUUUCUGGGCCUUUACUUCGUGAGCCUCUUUUCGGUACGUUGCAUUGCUUUCAUCCCAGUAUUUGGUACAAUCAAGGGAGAAAGCUACAUAUCCAACCCCGCUGUGAUGCGACAUUGCGCAAAUUUGAGGCUAUCCACACUCUCCCCCAACGGCUAGACACCUCAAUACUAUUUGCUGCCGAGCUAUGGCUGACAUCUUCUUCUUCCAGCUUGAUCCAUACGCCGCUGCCCAGAACUCGCAAUUCAACAUCUCCAAUCCAGGAAACAGAUCCAGCGCGCGGCCACGAUGGGGAGGCGGUAGUUCCGGCUCUGGAGGCGGCGGCGGUGGAGGAGGUGGUUUUGGUCCUAGGAGAGUUGGACGGGUUGAUGAUGUUCGAGGGCCGGAAUGUGGCAGUUGUCGUUGAGGACGCAAAUGGUUGAUUGAUUGUCACAUGUCACAUAUUGGGUUUAUUUUUGCCUGGGAGUUUUAUGUACAGGAGCAUUAUUGAUUUGGUAUCAUUUUGAUGGUUUAAUAUGAGAUGCUCUAGCCGUCUUUCUCUGGGCGUCUGUUGUGCUACUGCAUUUACAUACUCCGUACCUGGACCUCAUUUGAAAGCUAGAAGGCUGGUCUUGCGACUAUCUACCAGUCGUACACUGUGUACAUAUGGAGUCCCUACAUUUUCAUCUGCAAAAAAUACCAUUGUCAAGUCAUGAAUACAUCAGCGCCAUCCAGCACAUGAUGAUGCAGCCAUCCAUACCAUCACGUGAUGGUGCUUCUCCGCAG